GAACUAGAGAAUGUUCGUUAUUAUGCUAAUAUGAGUCAUCAAAUUCAACAUCAUGAUAUCUGGCGUCAUAUGCCAUUUUGGGAGAGUGUUUUCAACGAACAAGUUAACAAUCAGAUACGUUUGUUGUAUAUUGAUUUUUCUGAAGAAGAACUGAAAUCUCACAAACAGCAACAGCAACAACAGCAAUCCAACCAAAAUCAUGUCGGAAAUCUGCCUAAUGGUCAUGCAUCAUCAACAACAACAAGCAAUGGUAUUAGAAAACAGUGUAAAAGUCCAUCGUCUCCUGAGAAGGAUGGUAUAUCCAUUGUCAUUGUUGGACGUAAUGGUAAUCAGAAAUCAUCUAAUAUCACAGUUCAACAACAGAUUUAUACCUCAAAUAUGUCAUCGCUAGAAAUAGCUGCUGAAGAAAUGCGUAUCGGUAAUACACGUCCACGUGAAAUACAACAGGCUUUAGAAACCCGUGAAGAAAGUACUCUCUAUGCUCAGAUUAUACACUUUAUCAAUUUGAUUGUUAACUUUCGUAUACCUGUACAUAUUGGUGCUGCUGUAGCAGAUUUAUAUAGUGAAGAAGCACAGAAUAAUGAUUCCUCCCUACACAUGCCUUUACGUAACGAUACUACAACAGAUCAUAAUAGGCUGUCAUCAGCAUAUGGAGGCAGUAAUAAUAACAGAAUGUCAAGCGACAGUAAUACAAGACGUCAACAAUCCUCGCGUAGUCUGUCAACAAAUGAUCCACCAGCAGCUAAUCAAAUGAAUAAUGCUCUUCAGUUUAUGUCACAGAAUGAUGGAUUUGUUAAAGGCAAUAGUUCGUAUUAUAUGGAUAAUUAUUCAAAUAGUGUACUAACUGCUGAAGGAUUUUAUAGGUGAGUAUUACUGAUUAUUUUUUUCUUUUCUGUCAGUUCGUGACUGUUUUAUUCAACACAGUAGCUGAAUGUUCAGUGAGUGUUCGCCUUGUAAAAAUGAAAGUCCU